UGGAAUCUCGUAUGCGACAACGACUGGAAGGGACCCCUGAGCACCUCCCUGUUCUUCGUGGGUGUCCUGCUUGGAUCUUUCAUAUCAGGACAGCUCUCAGACAAGUUUGGCAGGAAGAAUGUGCUGUUUGCAACUCUGGCAAUGCAGACUGGCUUCAGCUUCCUACAGAUCUUCUCUACCAGCUGGGAGAUGUUUUCAGUGUUCUUUGUGCUGGUCGGCAUGGGACAGAUAUCUAACUACGUGGCAGCGUUUGUUCUUGGCACAGAAAUCCUUGGCAAAUCGAUUCGCGUGCUGUUCUGCACUCUGGGCGUUUGCAUAUUUUACGCGUUUGGCUACAUGCUGCUGCCACUGUUUGCUUUCUUCAUCAGAGACUGGCGGAUGCUGCUGCUGGCGCUCACCGUCCCGGGGCUGCUCUUCGUCCCGCUCUGGUGGAUCAUUCCAGAAUCUCCGCGGUGGCUCAUCUCCCAGGGGAGAUUUCAAGAGGCAGAAGACAUCAUCCGAAAGGCUGCAAAAACUAAUGGUGUUACAGCCCCAGAUGUAAUAUUUGACCCUAGUGAGCUGCAAGACUUGAAUUCCCAGAAGCAGCAGACGUACACCAUUUUGGAUCUGAUGAGAACCCGAAAUAUCCUGACUAUCACAAUUAUGUCAGUGAUUCUUUGGUAA